AACUCUAUACAGCUAUAUACACUGGGUUGCUCACUCUUUUUUUCUGUUUCUCCAAUCCGCACACUGUUAAUCUCAUUAUUAUCUAGCGCUCUCGCUCCCUUGUUCUUCCGAGAAACCAGAUUCCGAUCCCGAAUCAGAUCUGGUUUUCGCCAGCCAAUUUCACGCUUCCAAUUGCUAAUGCGUUUCAAUUCACCGCUUGCUUUCGCUUGAUUCUUCUGUUUUUCGCAGUUGCCGAAAAAUGCUGAUUUUCAGUCCGGUGACUCCCGGCCAGCUAUCGGCACUUCUCGGAUUCGUGCCUAUCGUCGCCGCUUGGAUCUAUGCAGAGUAUUUGGAGCACAGGAAGAACUCGGUUCCGGUUAAAGUUAGGCACUCCGACGUGAAUUUGGUCGAAGUCGGGGUUGAGGGCCUUGAGGCAGUGAAGGAAGAUGAUAGAGCGGUUUUGAUAGAGGGUGGAGCUGUUCAGUCGGCUUCUCCUAGGUCUCGGACUUCAUCCGCCUCGUCUCCUAUCUUCAGAUUCCUUAUGAUGGAUGAGGCUUUCUUGAUUGAAAAUCGACUAACGCUUAGAGCCAUAUCCGAAUUUGGUGCGCUUCUGGCAUACUUCUAUAUAUGCGACAGGACUGAUGUUUUUGGUUCAUCAAAAAAGAGCUACAAUCGGGAUCUUUUCCUAUUUCUCUACUUCCUUCUCAUCAUCGUUUCUGCAAUAACUUCUUUCAAGAUACAUCAUGAUAAAUCACCAUUUUCGGGGAAAUCUAUUCUUUAUUUGAACAGACAUCAAACUGAGGAGUGGAAAGGUUGGAUGCAGGUCUUAUUUUUGAUGUACCAUUACUUUGCUGCCGCAGAGAUCUAUAAUGCUAUUCGACUUUUCAUUGCUGCGUAUGUGUGGAUGACUGGAUUUGGUAAUUUCUCAUAUUAUUAUGUGCGUAAAGAUUUCAGUCUUGCAAGGUUUGCCCAGAUGAUGUGGCGUCUCAACUUCUUGGUCUUAUUUUGCUGUGUUGUUCUUAACAACAGUUACAUGUUGUACUACAUUUGUCCCAUGCAUACUCUGUUCACUCUUAUGGUUUAUGGGGCCCUUGGUAUUAUGAACAAGUAUAAUGAGAAUGGUUCAGUCAUUGCUGUAAAAAUCAUUGGCUGUUUCUUGGUGGUCGUUCUAAUAUGGGAGAUUCCUGGAGUUUUCGAACUAGUCUGGAGUCCAUUUGCUUUCUUUCUUGGAUACACCAACCCUGAUCCUUCAAAACCAAAGUAUUCCCGCUUGCAGGAGUGGCAUUUCCGUUCAGGCCUCGAUCGUUAUAUAUGGAUAAUUGGAAUGAUAUAUGCCUACUAUCAUCCUACCGUCGAAAGAUGGAUGGAGAAACUGGAGGAAGCAGAAGUGAAACGGCGGAUAUCAAUCAAAAUGGCUGUAGUGCUGACAGCGUUAACGACGGGCUUUCUCUGGUAUGAGCAUAUAUACAAGCUUGACAAGAUCACUUACAAUAAGUACCAUCCUUAUACUUCAUGGAUCCCAAUCACUGUCUACAUAUGUUUGCGAAAUGUCACCCAGUCUUUACGUAGCUACAGUUUAACCCUUUUUGCAUGGCUUGGGAAGAUAACAUUGGAGACCUACAUCUCACAGAUCCAUAUUUGGUUAAGAUCAGGAGUUCCAGAUGGUCAGCCUAAAUUGUUACUUUCUUUGAUCCCACACUAUCCACUCUUGAAUUUCAUGCUUACCACUUCCAUAUACAUUGCAAUUUCAUACAGACUCUUUGAGCUGACAAGCAUACUGAAAUCAGCAUUUGUGCCCACUAAAGACAACAAGUGCCUUAUGUACAACUUGAUUACAGCUGUAGUAGUCUCCACUGUUUUAUACUCAUUAUCCUUGGUGUUCAUAAGACUCCCUCAGAUGAUGACUGUAAUGUUGUUCAUUCUUUUGAAAGUUGCAGGCGUGAGUACAAACGUAGGAAUUCCAAAGAAGGCUACAAGCCGUGCAUCAGUUUUUCUGAAUUCUGGAACUCCAUUCAACUGCCAUAAUGCCUCCUUUAUCGAAAGCAAAGAAUUAAUCAUAUGAUUAAUCACAUGAUUGCUAAUGGAGAAUCAGAGUCACAACUCAAGUUAGUAAACAUCUGUUGUAAUUAUAUGGGUAAAGAUAGGAAAGGGACAAACCCUCCGAUUGAGGUAUUAGUGUUUUGUCAUUGCUUUCUACAAUUUUCCAAUAUUAUUCAAGUGACAACAUACGAGUUUAAUGCGGGAUUCAUCAUUGUGCGUAAACUGACGUUCAUAUUUUAUUCACUUUUUAUUAUUAGUGUUAGCCCCCCAUAGCCGUAAUUG